AUGGCAUCAACAUCAGCAAAGAAGAUCAAUCUCAAGAGUCGUGAUGGUGAUAUAUUUGAAGUCGACGAAGCAGUGGCGUUGGAAUCACAAACUUUAAGGCAUUUGAUUGAAGAUAAUUGCGCUGAUGGCGAGGGAAUCCCUAUUCCAAAUGUAACCAGCCAGAUUUUGGCAAAGGUCAUUGAGUACUGCAAGAAGCACGUCGAGGCUGCGAAUUCUGAAGAAAAACCUGCUGCCAAUGAUGAUCUCAAGACAUGGGAUGCUGAAUUCGUCAAGGUUGAUCAACAAACACUCUUUGAUCUCAUAUUGGCUGCAAACUAUUUGGACAUCAAGAGUCUGUUAGAUCUUAUAAGCCAGGCUAUUGCACAGAUCGUGGCUAGUAAGACUGUUGAGGAGACUCGCAAAAUGUUCAAUAUUGUGAAUGACUUCACAAAAGAGGAAGAGGAAGAACUUCGCCGCGAAAAUAAAUGGGCUUUUGAAUGA